AUGUCCUUGAUUUUUUGCUUUCCCAUACAGAUUGAAUUGGAACGAAUUCUUGGCCUUACGACAUUUAAACCAACCGCUCUUGCUUCAGCACCGUCAGCAGAUCUUAUAGCAUAUGCAGCUGGCUCUGUAGUUGUGUUGUAUAAUCACAAGAAGAAUAAACAAGUCGGAUUCUUAUAUGCAUCCUCAUCGUCUUCACCUUCCCACAAUCUUGCACCAAAUAAUCGACAUACAAUUGCCGGAGACCCAUUAGCGAAUCAAUUGGGUUCAUUGGGCGUGCUGGAUCCGAUUGCUUUAAACUCCAAUACUAAAAAGAAUACAGCUAGCAACAGAGCCAAGGCAAUAUCUUGUUUGACGUUUUCUCCAGAUGGCGCUUAUUUAGCAGUUGGAGAGAGUGGUCAUCAACCACGCAUUCUGAUAUGGGAAGUGCAAUCUAAAACACUAGUCAACGAAUUGAAAGGUCACAAAUAUGGCAUACUGGCACUUUCAUUCUCCCCAAACAUGAAAUAUAUUGUAUCGAUAGGAUUUCAGCAUGAUGGUUAUAUAAACGUAUGGAAUUGGAAGCAAGGAAUUAAGUUGGCGUGCAACAAGAUUACCACAAAAGUACACACUUUAGCAUUCAAUCGAACAGGAUCGUUUUUUGUUACGGCCGGGCUAAGACAUGUUAAAUUCUGGUAUUUCGAUUCAAAUGGACUCUUGUCAAAAAAACCGUCUGCGCAAAAAUCACUUGUACAGGUCCUCGAUGGACGAUCAGGGAUCUUGGGGGAUCUAAGGGAUAAUAACUUUGUUGAUGCAGUAUGCUGUAAGAAAUCAGACAAUACGUAUCUAAUUACAUCAAAUGGACGUUUAUGCAUAUUCACCGAGGGACGGUUGAUGGACAAAUGGGUUGAUUUACAGGUUAAAGGUGCAUUUUCCCUUGACGUUAGCGACAAAUACAUCGUUUGCGCAUGUACCAAUGGCAUUGUCAGGCUUUUUGAACCAAUCACUUUAAAGUAUUUAGGUACUUUACCUAAAACGCAUCCAUUAGGCGUUGACUUGACUAUGCAGACAGGAUCUGUUUACCACGGUGGUGGAAAAGAUGACACUUAUCCUGACACUGUUGCCAUCAAACUAGACGGAGAGGCAGGAAAGCUUACUUGUAUUUAUAGCGAUAGAAGUCUUUUCAUAUGGGAUAUUAAAGAUAUAAAGAAGAUAGGAAAAUAUAGAAGUUUCUUAUAUCACUGUGCUAAUGUCUGGGGAGUAGAGAUGAUGCCCAUUAGAGAUUCAUCAUCUCCCUCACCAUACCCCGAGGAUACAUUUGUCACUUACUCAGCAGAUAAUACGAUUCGAUUUUGGAGUUUAGACAAGGGCUCUAAUACCGCAGCUAGUCCAACUGCCGAGACCACGCUCAAGCGAAACAUCUUCAGUAAGGAUUGCUUGCGAAUUGUAUACAUUGAUCCGGAUGGAAAUAUUCGCAUGUCUGUUCAAAAAGAAAAGACAGACGUCGACCAUUCGGAUCCAAACGUUAGUGGUGGCGCAAACGAAUUAGGGAUUCGCACUCUGAAAAUAAGCCCAGACGGUAAACUAGUGGCUUCCGGCGAUAAAGGAGGCAAUUUGAGUGUGUACGAUCUAGAUACGUUUGAAAAGAUUACGUAUCAAGAAGCUCACGAAGCGGAAAUAUUAACAAUAGAGUUUACAGACGGACGAUCGAGCGAUUCACCUUAUCUUAUUGCAACUGCAAGUCGAGAUAGAAUACUACACAUAUUUGACAUAAAUAGUGAUUUUCGAUUGAUACAGACACUAGACGAUCACUCUUCAUCAAUCACCGCUAUCAAGUUCACUCACGAUGGUGGGAGAUUGAUAAGUUGUGGGGCCGACAAAAGUAUUAUAUUCAGAGCACGUCAAGAUUCCGAAGACUUUCCUUACUACGUCACAUACCAUAAUAUAUCAGGACGAGCAACAGUGUUCGACAUGGACAUUGACAUAUCUAACAGAUAUAUCGCAACAGUCUCUGGCGAGCGUCGUCUCAAUUUGUACCAGAUUGAUUCUGGAAAGAAUGUGCGAUCGUACAAACCAGAUACACCCGACGAAACAAAUGCCUCGGAACAGGGAAGUCUAUUAAAAGUCGGCUUGGAUCCAAGCGGUGUACUUGCUGUUGCAGCCGGAUCGGAUAGAAGCAUUCGUCUAUUUGAUUUUGCAAACGGCACUAUCUUAUCAAAAGUAUUUGGCCAUUCGGAGUUGAUUACUGACGUUAAAUUCACGCUUGAUUGUGAACGAAUAGUAUCCACAUCUGCAGAUGGUUGUAUUUUUGUGUGGAGAUUGUCUGACGAAUGGGUCGAAAAAAUGAGGCAAAAAUGGCUCGAAAGAAGUGGGGCUGCAGGCGCACUAGGGAGGACCUCUCCUGUUUUCCGAGAGAGCAUAUCGCCACAACCGCCCCCCAGAACUACUGUGCCCGCCUUAAGGCCGAAGUCUAUAAUAGAAGCUUCAGCACACGACGAUGCUAAUUGUGACGAUUCCGCUUUUCAGAUUCGAAAGGGUUCUGGAUCAUUAAGAGGGAGAAAAUCUUUCUCGUCACUUUUGCAAUCUGAUGUUUCCUCAAAAAGACCCAGUUCAUAUGUUGUCGAUGACGCUAAACUUCAUACAACACAACAGGCAAGACCAUUAUCCGAAGUGUCUCCCAGUAGAAUACCGCUUGCAGCGUCCGUAACAGCUUCACGGCCGGCUAGCAAUACGCCUUCUCCACCAUCUUCGAAAAGUGGCUCUUCAUCGAGACGAGAAUCAUGGAAAUUAGGUUUACCAAGCUGGGCAAAAAAGGCCUUCAAAGAGAAAGAGGAUCACAACGUUCGAGAAAAAGAUGACUCCGAAGGCAUAGAUUCUGUUAGUAAUGAGAGAAAUGCAACGUUAACAAUACCAAAGAGGCGAACGACCAUUCCACCCGUCACAAACAGCCUUCUUCAAGUGGAUAAGACGUUACCUGCAGUUCCGAAGACAAUACCUCGAGUCAGAUCACAGAGAAAACUACGGCACGAAUCAAUAAAUUCAAUUGUCGAAGACACUGCCGGAGUUAGAGUUUCGUCCAAAAAAUCAAAAAGCAAUCUCACAGCAGGCUCACCAAAAUCAUUGUUGUCUACGUCUCCGCCAUCUCCAACAGCUCGUGCGGCAGUACUCUCCACCUCGCCUAUGUCCAUUAACACAUUGCUCAGUACGGAGGGGGAGGAUAAUGGUGAAGAUGACGACGAUGAGACUUCCGGUAUCGAAGAGACAAUUGUUGAUGAUUCGGCAUUCGAAGAUGCGGAAACUAUUUUCUUAACACAGCCGGAAGAAGCGGAUGAUGUGUACAUUAAUGGACCGGGCAUAAGGCGUCGUCGAGAAAGUUUUGUGGAAACUGUGACGAAGAUCGAUCUAGCUGAUGAUCGUCCGAAGUCUUGCGGAAGCGAUAAGGAAACCGAGACAUGUUUGGACGACCAACUAGAGAUAUACUUGCAAACUCCGAUAAAGGCUAGUUUCAGUGAAAAUAACAAUGAUGAGAAUGAUACACAUGACCGUGCAACUGAUUCUAAAGCGAAGAGACGAGAAAGUUAUACGUUGAAGUUUUUGUCUGGUGGGCAAUCGCGAGAUUCUAGUGGUCGUACGAGUCUAACCGAAGCAUUUAUGAAAAUGAUUAACUCGGGUGAAGAUAAAGCCCUUGCAAUAGAAGAGGAUGAAGAGGAUAAAAAGAGUGAUGACAAGAGCAGUUUUGAAAAAACUAUGGAAGCUUUAGAGGGACGCCUAACAGAGGUAACAGACAGUCGUAACGAGCCAGAUAAGUCUGGGCAAGAGCAGACUUCACCUGUUUCUUCAUCUGUUUCUUCACCCGCGCUCUCUGAAUCUGCAACCGUCAAGGAAGCAGAUGAUGAUUAUUCAGUAAACUCUCAGGAGCAUAAGUUGCUUGAUAAGCAGAACGGUUUUAUAGCUAGAUCCAAUAACUCUGUCCUUGCUGAGAAGGAAAAGAGAACAAAGAUAAAGAAUGACGAUACAAUCAGUCAAACGGUAAAGUCAGAAGAGGAAAAGCCUGUAUCUACAGACGAACACGAUACCGUAAUUAUCGGCGCCUCUGAGACACCAAGUACAGAAGUUGUCGAGGAGAAUGUUGAAAAACUAGCUAAAGAUUUGGGUAUUACUGUCAAUGGAAAGGAGUUAACGUCAACAUUGAUUUUCGUAAACGACGUACCUUCUUCAUUUGAGGAUACUGAAUUAAGUGAAGACGCUAUCGCUGACGAUGUCUACAAUAUGUCAGUACUUCUUGAACGAACACUUAGUGCUUAUAAAAAAGUUUCGUCAUCUCUUGCUGCUGGGAACACAAAGAAUGAGAGUGUGCAAACACUUAUAUCUGUCAGUCUAGUGGAGAUGAUGGACGAUAUAAGGGAGAGUCUCGGCAUGACCAAAGAAAGCGCGUCAACACAAAAAAACGAAACCGAUGCUGAUUUCGUAGCAGGAAAACGUGUGACUGAACAUGUUGAUGCAGAUGUGGAGGGUGAUGACGAAGAGUGUGACGCAGACUCGAGCAAUUCAUAUGCAACUGCUUCGACGACUUUACGUGACCAUAGUAAUAGAAUUGAAUGCAAAUCACCCGAAUCCACCAAUUUAUUGGCACCACUUAGUCCCGCGGCUUCUUCACAAUCUAAAUCAGCGCUCGCAGACUUGAUCUCAGACGACUCGGCACAGGUGCUUCUGGAAAAGUAUUCUGACAUAUUAGUCAAAAUGGUGCAAGACAAGCUAUCUACGAAAACGAACGCUAUUGAUAAAAAUUUAAUUUCUUCCAAAUCUGCGACAUUAGCGCAACCCAAGAACAAUGAGAAAUCUUUUGGUAGUCUAAGAAGUAAAACAAAGACGGGUGGGGGAAUGAAUAGAACAAAGAGCACCAAAUGA